AUGUACACGUAUGUACACGUAUGUACACGUGUGUGUGUGCGCGCGUCAGGCCUGCUCCGCCUGGAGCUGCUCCUCGCCCAGGUGCUCAUCGCUCGCGACGCGCUCUCGGUGCGGAUGCUGGAGGAGGCCGGGCCGGAUCCGACGCCGCUGCUCAAAGAGAUCCGGGACGAGCAAGUGGGGACGAUCAUCAUCGACGGCAGCGCCAGCGUGGCCAGCGUGGUGCUCAGCAAGGCCUCCGAGCUGGGCAUGACCUCAGCCUUCUACAAGUACAUCUUGACCACCAUGGACUUCCCGCUGCUGCGCCUGGGCUCGGCGGCGCCCAGCUCGGUGCUGGGUUUCUCCCUCUUCAACACGAGCCACCCGUUCUACGGCGAGUUCGAGCGCAGCCUCAACCUCUCGUGGCGCGAGAGCUGCGGGCGAAGCCCCUACCCGGGCCCCGCGCUCUCAGCCGCUCUCCUCUUCGACGCCGUGCACGUGGUGGUCGGCGCCGUUCGCGCCCUCAACCGGAGCCAGGAGGUUGGGGGUCGCGCCCUGGCCUGCACCGCGCCGGGCAUCUGGGCCCCGGGUACCAGCCUCAUGAACUACCUGCGCAUGGUGGAGUACGAUGGCUUGACGGGGCGCAUCGAGUUCAACAGCAAGGGCCAGAGGACCAACUACACCCUCCACGUGCUGGAGAAGGGGCGCGAUGGGCACCGCGAGGUGGGUGUGUGGUACUCCAAUAGGACCUUGGCCAUGGACGCCGCCACCUUGGCCGUCAACGCCUCCGAUAGCUUGGCCAACAAGACCCUCAUCAUCACCACCAUCCUGGAGAACCCCUACGUGAUGCGGGUGGGGGGCGCGGGCGGCCCCGAGCGCUACGAGGGCUUCUGCGUGGACAUGCUGCAGGAGCUUGCCGGGCUCCUCAAGUUCCGCUUCCACAUCAAGCUGGUGGAGGACGGGCUCUAUGGGGCCCCCGAGCCCAAUGGGUCCUGGACCGGCAUGGUGGGAGAGCUCAUCAAUAGGAAAGCCGACCUGGCCGUGGCCGCCUUCACCAUCACGGCGGAGCGGGAGAAGGUCAUCGACUUCUCGAAGCCCUUCAUGACGCUGGGGAUCAGCAUCCUCUACCGGGUGCACAUGGGCCGCAAGCCGGGGUAUUUCUCCUUCCUAGACCCCUUCUCGCCAGCGGUGUGGUUCUUCAUGCUCCUCGCCUACCUGGCCGUGAGCUGCGUCCUCUUCUUGGCUGCCAGGCUGAGCCCCUACGAGUGGUACAACCCCCACCCGUGCCUACGGGAGCGCCGGAACCUUCUAGAGAACCAAUACACGUUGGGCAACAGCCUCUGGUUCCCCGUCGGCGGCUUCAUGCAGCAGGGCUCCGAGAUCAUGCCGCGCGCGUUGUCCACCCGCUGCGUCAGCAGCGUCUGGUGGGCCUUCACCCUCAUCAUCAUCUCGUCGUACACGGCCAACCUGGCGGCCUUCCUGACGGUGCAGCGCAUGGAGGUGCCCAUCGAGUCGGCCGAUGACUUGGCCGAUCAGACCAACAUCGAGUACGGCACCAUCCACGCCGGGUCCACCAUGACCUUCUUCCAGAACUCGCGGUACCAGACCUACCAGCGCAUGUGGAACUACAUGCAGUCCAAGCAGCCCAGCGUCUUCGUCAAGAGCACGGAGGAAGGGAUCGCCCGCGUCCUCAACUCCAAGUACGCCUUCCUCUUGGAGUCCACCAUGAACGAGUACCACCGGCGCCACAACUGCAACCUGACCCAGAUCGGGGGGCUGCUGGACACCAAGGGCUAUGGCAUCGGCAUGCCAUUGGGGUCCCCGUUCCGCGAUGAGAUCACCUUGGCCAUCCUGCAGCUGCAAAGAGGAGGAGAAAGCCCAAUGGAGCCCAAUGGAACCCAAUGGUGCCCAAUGGAGCCCAAUGAAUGCGUGGGGUCUUCUCCUCCUCCAGGGCUGGGCAUGGAGAACAUUGGGGGCAUCUUCGUGGUGCUGGUUUGUGGCCUCAUCGUCGCCGUCUUCGUGGCUGUGGUGGAGUUCGUGUGGUCAACGCGGCGCUCAGCCGAGAGCGAGGAGCUCUCCCUAUGCAACGAGAUGCUCCGCGAGCUGCGCCGCGCCGUCUCCUGCCGCAAGCCCUCCCGUGCGCGCCGUCGAAGGAGGCCUUUGGGUCGAGGGGGUCCGGGGGGGG